ACGGCGAUAAGACCACGUCAGAGUGUCCAAUCUAGCGACCACAGGUUAUCAUUUCAGACCAGCCCACAAGGGUCAAGUUUAUGGAGUAUGGCCUUUACUAAUAAAUUUACAAAACAUUAUUGGCCAACACGCAAAAAUCUAAUAUCCCUUUCAUUCUGGCACUCUGUAACUUUCAUCCAUUUCGAAAAUUUCGACGCUAAGGUUUACAUAACCUUGGCAAAGCACAGCAAAGUCUAAGUAGAGGACCGUACAUACAGCGUUCAUUAAUUAACCAAGAAGAGAAGACCAAACAUGGAAGUCCGAGGCUCGUUUCUUAUCUUUCUUUUGAUUUCUGUGACAGCAUGCUUACCGAACCCGGAUCAUAGGCAAGGUUUCCCGCAGAGAAAGCCCCUCUCCCCUCUGUUGACACAGGAUCGGUACGGCUCGGGGGUGCCGCUCGGCGGAAGUGACGUACAACAAGGCAUGGCGCUGAAUCAAAACGCGUUUCUGCCGCUUUUGCUUGGUAACCCCGAUUUCCUCAAGCUUUAUAUGGAAAACCCCCUCCUUGCUUCCCAAUACGUCACACUCCUUAUGCGUGUCGCCAGUGGUCGCGCCAACAAUAACGACUGCCCGGCGAUCGCUCGCACCUGCCCGACGGAAUGUUACUCCAUCAGCUCUACCGGUUGUAUCGUCUGUCAGUGUCCUCAAUCACACGCAUCGUCUCAGUCCUCCACGUCCUCAAACUCUACGCAUACCGGGGCAGCUGCAUCUACAUCUGCCGGGAAUAACAAUGGAUGUCCUUCGUUUCCAACACACUGUGACCCGAACUGUCUCGCCCUUGAUGACAUGGGGUGUCCAAUAUGUUCGUGUCCAAAAACUCCCCAAUCAGCUGGACCACAAACGUUAACAAGUUCCGGAGCAACAGCAAGUCCAUCAAAGGUAAACGGAUGUGCACCGUUCCCAAGAAACUGCAGUGCAGAAUGCGCCCGUAUUGAUUCCAUGGGGUGUAUUGUCUGCUCAUGUCCAUCAGGACAAACGGGAAAAACCCCCGCCCCAUCUUCCUCUUCCUCCUCAUCCCAGGGAAACAUAAAUGGCUGCCAACCCUUCCCCAAGAGUUGCCGCGUGGAGUGUGCGAUGGUUGACUCUCGUGGCUGUAUCGCCUGCCAGUGUCCAAGUACAGGAUCCUCGAACUCUUCAGCCACUACGUCACAAACAGCUACCUCCGCUGGAAAUGGAAUAAAUGGAUGUCCGCCAUUCCCAAAGAGCUGUGAUUCCUUAUGUGUAAAACUAGACGACUUGGGAUGCGUUAUAUGCUCAUGUCCAUACUCGAGCAACAAUUCAUCGCAGACCGGGGUCCAACAAAUCGGAAAUUACGUCAAUGUACAAGGUCAGGGUUUAGCUGGAAACGGAAAUGGCUGCCCUUCUUUGGACCCAAAAUGUCCAGCACAGUGUACAUCCACUGAUGAUAGAGGAUGUAUUCGCUGCACGUGUUCUACAUCACCUCCCUCUUCGGUUUCUCAGUCAGCGUCCGUCUCAAGCAGCAAUGCAGGGGGAUGUCCCGCCAUUCCCAAAAACUGUCAGCUGACCUGCCUGAACAUCGACGCCAGUGGCUGUGUCGUCUGCUCGUGUCCUUCUAAUGCAGGUACGAGCGGUUUUGGUGCUACGUGCCCCCCGUUUAAAGCAGACGAUUGUGACGAUGUAUGCAAAAUGACGGAUGCUCAUGGCUGUCCUAUCUGUGAUUGUUCGCAACAUUUCAGCUCCACAACAUCGCCGUCAAUUAAUACAAACACCGGAGGCGGCCCGAGUGGUGGAGGGGUGCCUGGCGCUGGGGGGUGCCCGACGUUUGACUUCAGUGACUGUGACCCGGCCUGUGUGUCAGUGGAUGACCACGGGUGUAUGAGCUGUUCGUGUGCAGCAACAGCGCCUGUCGGUGGACAGUCUACUACCGUAGGGGCGGUAACCAGUGUCCCUGGGGCAGGGGGCUGCCCGGCCUUUGACUUCAGUACCUGUGAUCCAAACUGUGUUGUAAUGGAUGCUCAGGGCUGUUUGUCUUGUCACUGUGCAGUAACAACACCAGCGACAUCCGGCGGUCAAUCCAAUACUACAUCAGGGGCAGUAACCAGUGUCCCGGGGGCUGGGGGCUGCCCGGCCUUUGACUUUAGUACUUGUGAUCCAAACUGUGUUGUUAUGGACGAUAAAGGAUGCCUGUCUUGUAGCUGUGCAGUAGCAACCAUGGCGCCAUCUGGGAUACAAUCAAGUACAUCAGGGGCGAUAACCAGUGUACCGGGUGCUGGCGGGUGUUCGUCCUUUGACUUCAGCACAUGUGACCCUAAAUGCGUUGUAAUGGACGCACAAGGUUGCAUGUCUUGUACUUGCACAGUGACUACGCAAGCGCCCUCCACAACUAACAAAACUACUGGGACAACCAGUGUCCCUGGCGCUGGUGGAUGCUCUCCCUUUGAUUUCAGUACAUGUGACCCUAACUGUGUUAUUAUGGAUGCCCAAGGAUGUCUAUCAUGCCAGUGUAAAGCCACAACGGUUGCUCCAAGUGGUCAGUCAACGUCUGAAACUGUGACGUCGGUUCCAGGCGCUGGAGGGUGUCCUGCCUUCGAAUUCAGCACUUGUGACCCCAGCUGUGUGGUAAUGGACGGACAGGGUUGUAUGUCAUGUCACUGCAAAGCCUCCACUCCUUCGCCUCUUGGCGGACAAACCUCUACAAUUGGUGCCGUGACCAGUGUUCCCGGAGCUGGAGGGUGCCCUUCCUUUGAUUUUGGUACAUGUGAUCCUAACUGUGUCGUCAUGAAUAGUCAAGGCUGCUUGUCCUGUCACUGCACUGGGUCAACAACAGCGCCAACUGGUCCGACCACACAACAAGUAAGGCCGACAACCUCUGUUCCCGGGGCAGGAGGCUGCUCUUCCUUUGAUUUUAGUGCCUGUAAUCCAAACUGUGUUGUCAUGGACUCCAGAGGGUGCUUAACGUGUCACUGUGCGGCAUCUUCCACCGCUGCAUCUGGGUAUACUACAGCGUCAGUGACGUCAGUUCCGGGAGCAGGGGGAUGUCCCUCCUUUGACUUUAACAGAUGUGACCCAGCUUGUGUUGUUAUGGACGCCCAGGGUUGCAUGACAUGCUCGUGCUCAGGAAACCAAAGUGGAAAACAAACCAUUGUCCCUGUUCCAACAACAACCCCGCGUCCAUCUUCAACAACUCGUCCACCAAUCUCAUCAACAACUGUUACACCACGAUCAAUUACGGCGCAUGCUCCACCAACUACCACCGGAAACACGUGUCCUCCGAUAAGGUGUACGUAUCCGUGUGAUUUAGGGGUAGUGUUCGAUGCCCAAAGAUGUCCCGUUUGUAAAUGUAGAUCCUCUACUGCAUCACCGUGAUAUUGUGUAAAUUAAAUGUUACAAAAUAAAAAGGUAUAAAACGAA